GCCAGCAUGUGCCAUGAACCCGGAUGUAACAGGAUUUAUUUGAAUAUAGAACAAAAGCAUCUAACUUAGCUAAAAUGCAUCAAGACUGUUAUUAGAAAGUAAAAGUUACGGUACAGCUAAAGUAGGCUAUGCUAUAUAGCCUACCUGUGCUCGUUUUAGAUGAUUGAUUACAGUAACACACAUUGUAGUUUUAAUUGUAGUGCUGCAAUGCAUUCGAGUCACGUAUACGGUAAAAAGUAUAAACGCGGCAGCAAAUGGUCCGAACCAGAGCUCCGGGAGCUGCUGCAGAUCUGGUCGGACAUGUCAGUCCAAAUCGAGCUGGUAACCCAUUUCAGAAUCCAGGAUGUGUUCAACAACAGAAUAGCCAUCACUCUGCGGCAGAAGGGCAUCAAUCGAACCGGGGAUCAGUGCAGGGACAAGAUCAAAAAGUUUAAGUUUGAGUACAAACAGAAGACUUCAAGAUCCGCGAGGUAUUCCGAGCUGAUGGAGAGAGCUAAACGUAACCGAUCCGCCGCAACCUCGGGUUCUACUUUGAGUUUAUGGGGCGGUACAGUGGCGAACCAGGUGAUCGGACCGCAGGGGUCAGAGGCGCCGGGUCACCCGCCCAGAGCAGGUGACAUCCUGGAGAUCAAGAAGGCGAUGAGCACGGAUGUUGAAGCGGCGGAGAUGCUCUGCGAUUUCGUACCUGUUGAUGAGGAUGAUGAAGCCGGUGCUGAACACAUAAAUGCGGGUCCAAACACAGAGGAACAAGCUGAGAUGCACGCUGAGCAGGAAAACACACAUGUCAUCUGUUCCCCAUCAGGUGCCAGUACACACAGGAGCAUCAUCUUCAGCACAGUCAUCCUCAGGAGAUGCAGAAGUGUUCACACCUGAACUACUUCAGACAGGAAAUGAAGACAAACAUGAACAGAAUACAUACAGGUUUGUGUGUCCACAUGCUGGUCAGUUUCGGUGCAGUCUGACCAACCUUGUGUUUGUGAUGAAGGGUAAAGGAGAAGUGCUGUAUAACAUUGUCUCAUAGGAUCCUCGUCUGUUAGAUGGUUUGGGUCAGAUGCAGCCUGCAGGACCCUUGUACAACAUUGACUGUUCAGCAGGUUCAGUCUCACAACUGCACUUUCCACACUGUGAAAUAUUCUCUGAGGAAAAUAAGGACGGUUUGGCUGUGGCACAUUUCACUGGUGGUAAUGUAGAAAUAAUACAGCCAAUCAAAGUCACAGAAACCCAUGUGAUCAUUGACAUCAGAGAACUCAGCAAUUUUGUCAUUGUCUGGAUAAUAAGUAAACUUGGCAUCCCCAUUAGAGGCCAGGUUUUGCUCUUCCUUCGAACGCUAUCUCUUGAAAAGAAAAAACUUAAUGUCCUCUUGCUUCCAGAGAAUGUUCCAGUAUCAGAGGUCCAGAGCAGGCACCGGGAUAAAAUAUACAUUGAGACAAGUUCAAAAUGUCACCUGAUUCCUUACCAACAAUACAGUCUGUGUUGUCAGCCAGAGGAAUGUGAAGUGCAACCAAUGACUGAGAUGUUUGAGUGUAAUUUUGGCCCAAACUAUCAUCCUACAUUUGAAGUGUUUCUGGAUGUCAACAUUGAGGAGGUCAGACUGGGAAUUUUAGACAAAACUGAAGGUGGGAAGGAAGUGUGGAACAGACGGCGAAUCUUUCUUACAGGAAAAUAAGGUCAAGAUGUAGAAUCCCCAGCUCACAGAAGGCUCACGGAAUCUGAAUUUGUGAAAAAACACAGAAAUGAACUCAUUAAGAGAGUUUCAUCAGUGAUGGCGAUUGCUGAUGGUCUGAGGACCAAAGACAUGAUUCCAGAUGAAAUGUACAGUAAAGUUUGUGCUGCAACAACACGACAGGAGAAAACAAGACUCUUGUUUGAUGUUCUUGACUCUGGAGGAGCUUCUGUAAAAACAAAAUUCUACAGUCUACUGAAGGACGAAGAACCUUUUCUAGUAGAUGAACUGGAGUCUGGACACAGUGGACAGCAAUAAUUGAGAGAGAACAUCAGAGAUAACAAAACAGAAGAAACACCAUUUCCACAGAAUGCAUUUUUGCAUUCCACUGCUGCUUUUCAAUUAUUUUCUAUUUAAACAUGCACUAGACGGACAUUGCUUUUUUCCCCAUUCGGGGCCAUACACAGUCUUUGCAUCUAAAAAUGCAGGCGGUCAAAAACUCAAGGUGUCGAGAUGAGUUUUUAAAAGUUAAACAUUCUUUGACCUUGAGCACUGUGUUUUUAGAAUGCCGUUUCCUACGCAAGACACUGUAAAGAUGCGAGCACAAUGGUCAAACACGUCCGUCUAGCACAUUUACAUAGAAAAGCAGUGGAAAAGUAGAUCAGUGGAAUGGAAAAACACAUUCUGUGAUCAUUGAUACAGCCAGCAGAAGAACAUUUAGAUUGUUUAUCACGUAGCUGAGUCAUUCAUGUGUUUCCACUAGCUGCUCUAACAAGGAGAUAAACAUGGCAGACUGUGUACAGCUCACUCAGGGGAGGAGCUAACAGUGCAGAUUCAUCACCAGUCAUGGGCGGGGCCUGUUACAGUGUGACGUCACAAUGUAUAGAAAAUGCAAACCACUCAUUUUGUGACACUUUAUGAUUUAUGUGGAAUAUAAAAAGGAAUGAGUCGAUUUUUACCAUUAUGUACACACACUGCCAACACACAUUUAUGUUCAGUCACCAUGUAACAUUUUGCAUAAUAGGUCCCCUUUAAAGUUACAUUUCAUUUUUUUUUUCUUUCUAUCACAUACAACCCCUAUAACCUUUUUGUUGUUGUUUCAGUCUGAAUCUGAAUUUGUGAAAAAACAACAUGAACUCAUUCAGAGUGUUUCAUCAGUGAUGGUGUUUGCUGACAUGACUAAAGACUCUUAUUGGAUGUUCUUGACUCUAAUGGACCUUUUAUAAAAGCAGAAUUCUACAGACAGACUGCUGAAGAAAAAGAAACAUUAGUAGACGAACUGGAGUCUGGACACAGUGGUCCACAGUAAUUCUGAGAGAACAUCAGAGAGGAACUUCAGUUCGAUUUGAGACAAAAACAGCAGCUACAGCUUUGUGUAUGAGAAAUCCAGAUGCUACUAUUGUCCUAAUUUUGAUAGGAACUCCAGAAAUUUGCAUGAAACCUGAAGAUCAUGCAUGAUUUGAGAAGGAUCCAAAGAGCAUCUAUUUAAUACAGCCAUAAAAUGCAGAAUCUGAACUAUUUUUUUCAUUUAUGUUUUAACUUUUAACAAAUAAUUAUCAUUCUUUGUUUUAAAACAUAAAAUUUAUAUCCAGAUUUAAAUACUUGAAUCCCUAUAUUUUGUUUUUGGUCCCAACUGUAAUGUAUGUGUGUUGAUUUUCACUGUAAUAUGCUUAUGUUUAACUCAUUAUGACAAUGAUUUACUAUGAAAGAUGUUUUUUAUUUGAUAAUACUGUGGAAAAAUAACCACAUACAAUAAUAAUAAAAAAAAAAUGUGUACAAAUUGCUAUGGGAAAAAGCACACGGGUCAUAUUUUUUCUUUUGUAUUUUACAUUUUUAAAAUCAAUAAUACAACAAAUAAUUUAAAAAAGUUAAUCAUAAAUGCAAUAUAAAGUACAGUUCUUUUUUUAAACGGGAGCAUGAGGAAAUGAAUUUCAAGAGUCGCACUGAAACGCUCUCACAUUUUAUUUAAAUUUGUAAAGUUUGUUUCAUAAUGGAUGUUGCUGACUGUUUGAAGACCAAAGACAUGAUAACAGAUGAAAUGUACAGUAAAGUUCAUGCUGCAGAACAACAACAUAAGGAAAUGAGAAUCUUGUUGGAUGUUCUUGUAUGAUGUAACAUUAUACAUGCUCCAUUGAGAUUGUGUACCGUGAGGUUGAAAGUUUUCUAUGCAAUAUGUUA